AUGUCCUUCUGUGACAUCGUGCCCCCUUAUCUUCUUCCCCCGCUUCCGGAUUACGCAGAAUGUUCCCAGCCGCCACCUCCCUUCAUGGAGCAGAGGGCUCCAUUAAAGCGCGUCAGCACUGCUCCUUCUAAUUUGACAAAACCCAUGGAACUGGCAUCAUGGUCGCCAUCACCACCACCAACACCAGGACAGCCGCUUGACCCAUCGACCCCGCCGAGGAGACAGAAGCGGACAGGCUAUGGUUCUUUCCGGUCUGAGGUAUUGCCGCCGCCCGCUUACUCAGGCCAAGUCCAAGAAGAGACGGCCGUCCAAUGA